GCGCGUUCCCGUUUUCCGCUGCGCACAGAGAGAGAGAGAGAGAGAGAGAGAGAGGGAGGAGAGGGCUGCUCUUACUAGUGACAGAAAACGGCAGCGAGCACAUACAGUCUGGAGAGCAGCUGAUGCGACAAGAUGCUGAGCGUCGCCUUGCUGUGUGUGUGCGCCGUCGCCUUUGGACACGUCUCCGCUCGCUCCGACAGCGGCAAUUUUUUGGAUGAUAAGUGGCUCGCGGGGAGAUGGGAUAAAUUCAGAGAUGAGCCUGGAACAUGGACUCCAUCCAAGCCCUUCGAUCAAGGCCUUGAUCCAGCCAAGGACCCCUGUCUGAAGAUCAAAUGCAGUCGCCACAAGGUGUGUGUGGCCGAGGAUUAUAAGACUGCCACUUGUGUCAGCCAGAGGAGAGUUAGCUUUAAAGAUGCCAAUUUGUACCAGAGCCCAGGGUCAAAGUGCAAACCUUGCCCUGUGGUUCACCCCUCUCCUGUUUGUGGAACUGACGGCCACACCUACUCCACCAAGUGUAAGUUAGACUACCAGGCGUGUAUCACAGGAAAGAAGAUCGCUGUGAAGUGUCCUGGCAUGUGUCCUUGCCCCUCGCAGCCUGAGCAGAGCUCUGCAGAGAAGAAAGUGUGCAGUGAGUCGGACCUGAAGGAGGUGGUGAGUCGUCUGAGAGACUGGUUCAGAGUGCUGCAUGAGAAUGGCAACCACAAGAGAGUCAAGAUCCAGAAACCAGAGAAGAACAAGUUUGAGGUUGGGGCAUCACCUAUUUGUAAGGACCCUCUGGGCUGGAUGUUCUCCCGCUUGGACACAAACUUUGACCUGCAGCUGGACCAAUCAGAGAUCAAGAGCCUGGACCGGAACGAGCCAUGCUCUGAUGCGUUCUUCAAAUCCUGCGACACACAUGCAGACAAAGUUAUAACCAGCUCUGAGUGGUGCACAUGCUUCCAGAGGUACACAGAUUCCCCUUGUAAAGCAGAGCUGUCCAGUAUCAACAAAAAGCAAGCAGGGAAGAAGCUCCUUGGUCAGUAUCUGCCGUCCUGUGAUGAGGAAGGCUACUACCGGUCCCACCAGUGUCACAGCAGCAGCGGACAGUGCUGGUGUGUGGAUCGCUAUGGCAACGAGGUGGCUGGUUCACGCACCCAUGGUCCUGCAGACUGCGGUGUGAUUUUGGAGUCCUCUGGAGACCUCGGCAGUGGAGACUCACUCUUCACUGAUGAUGAUGAAGAUUCAUUUGUCCUCAACGACCAGACUGGGAUGGACGACGAGGAUGACGAAGAUGAGGAUGACGAUUACGACAACGACGAAUAUCUGUCGUAAUUAAAAAAAAAAAAAAAGAAAACAAAAAAGAGAAAAAAGAGAAAACUGUUUGUUUGGUCAAACUGCACGUUUCUAGGUGACUCCCCAGGCAGAUACUUAAUCGUACUAACAGCCUAUGGACUCCUCUCUGUGUAUUGUUUGUUCAUAAGUAAAAAAAAAAAAAAACAAGAAAAAAAAAACAAUAUUCCUGGCAAACGUUUAUGAUUUCUCUUUCUGUCUAAGUAUAAAAUAUGAUUGGUUAAUGGCACUUGUUCACUUGUGUGUCAGCCAAACAGAGAAUAUGACAAGGACUAUUCGACAACCAAUCCAGUGCUCUGGAUUUGGUUACUUGUGCAAAACCUCUCCCUUCAUUGGACAGUCCAUGUCUUCUAGUGUGUCCUGUCCUUGUGCAGCACUCAGAUGCCUGACUGUGUUGAUGCCUGAGGCGCGAUGUUAAAGAGAUUUCCCCUUAUUCAUUCCUUCAUCCUCUUCUUCUCCUCCCCCCUACCCAUUUACUCCUUAUCAAAUGUUCCUGUGUAUAGGUGGGAAGCUGAUGAUGUAGAUAAGAGAAUAUUGCACUCUUUAGGUUUCUUUUGAUCUUGAUUUGUAACUGUGACUGUAACUGUGUGGAAAAACAAGAUAAGAGUUAGACAUGCUUCAUUAGGAGAAUCAAGGCAAAAAAAAAAGCAAAAAACAAAAAAAAAGUGUGAAGACAUGACACAGAACCGACAUGCUAGCUGUUUUCACUGAGACACAAAUCAAGUCAAAUCAUCUCAAAAGGCUCAGCAACAAGGAAAGACAAAUUACUGCAUGGUCGGUGGUGUUAGGGGAAAAAUGUUAUUAUUAUCUAUUUUUCUAAUCCAUUGCUGGAUGAAUACAGAAGAUGAAACAGAUUUGUCGUAGCAUGUCUAAUACUGUGUGAUGUUGUUUCAGUCUGUAGAACCAGAGGCUAAACCUUUGUGGAACUCAAAACAUAAAGGAACUUGAGGUCGAACAUUUCCCUCAAGCUUGUACAGAUGAAACUACACUUAUAUAGUCAGAAACUGCUUAAGCCACAAAUCUCUCUGAUUAAAAUGUUUACUGACCUUUAAAUAUGACAGUGAGCUCAAAGAAAGCCUCAUCAGAGUUCAGAAAAAGACAUGCUGUUUUUAAAUUUUUCAGAUACAAGUCUUGGGCUUGAUGUGAUUUGAGCACACAGUAACAGAACAAAUCUCUUGCACAGUAAUAAAACCACAGAGCCAUGCAGACCUGUUGAUAAUGUCUGGCAGGGGAUAAAGGGUAAGGUGUGCCUUGUACUGGUAAGGACAGAUGGCAGUAGUAGUUGGAGAAGCAUGCUUACCGGUCUGACUUAAGCUCAUCAUCACACUGCAUAAGAGUGGCUUUACUGUCAAGCUCAGAUACUAGUUGAGGGUUUGGUAUGGCUUGGCUUUUGGGUCUCACUUAUGAUGGUGUUACAUAGGCCAUAUUUCAGAUUGUUUGAGUUGUUACUUAGGAUAGCUAGAAUGUAGAGAAGCACAGAGAUACUUAGCAGUUAAGUAAACACUUAGAUUCUGCUGGAUUUGAAAAUGUUUUAUAUAUUAGUACACUGGCUAGAAGAAGCUUUGGUUUAGACAGCUUUAUAUGAAAAAAGAUGAUCAUCUUACAGUGUUUUGCUUUUAUGUUGUUUCAAAGGCUUGAUUUGUACCCGACCUGCUCUAACUACUUAUAGUGUAUAUCUGCCAGGGUUGAAAACUGAAACUGAUCCCAGAUUUGUGUAUUCUUGAUAAGUCCUGUGACUGGUUAUGCAGACCUGGGACCUGCUGUACUAUAUUAAUUUUCAAUUAAUAAUCUGCCGUCUGGCUUCAUUUUAAAUCAAACAUCUGUUGAAAUUCCAUGUUAAGACCUGAAAAGUGCCAUUUAAAUGUCCAAUAGUCCUUUUAUCAUUAUUAUCACUGUUGUUUUAUUUUAUUUCUUUUUGCUCCCAUCGUUCCUUUUAACUUGGAAUUUCAAUUCACUUUACGAACUGGAAAACAUUUCAGUCUUAAAGUGUGCUGUUUCAUGAGUGUGAUGACAUGCAAAUCAUUUUAAUGACCUCAGACACUGUAGCCACUCUCAACCAAUCACACACUGUCAUCACAGCUCUGAUAGUGUUUAAAAGUUAUGAUACAGAUGCAUUUUUUACAGUGUAUGUAUGAUUUGCUGAAAUAAAAGCUAUAUUGACCAA